AAUAUAAUGAAUUAAGUCAGACAUUUCAAAAUAAUAUUAGUGCUUUAAAAGACUUGAUUCCAAUAAUUGGCCCCGGCGACCCUCUCGAAGAAUACUUUAAAGCUGCUCAAAACCUGUCGUCUUGGAUGAUAACAACUUUUGAAAACUUCCCCGCGUUUCCAUCGAAAACAACCUCUCAAAUCGACAUCGACUCUAUAAACUCCGCUGACGUUUCACUAAGCGGGGUAGAUAAUAAAAUAACAAGCAAACUUUCUGAAUAUAAUCAAUUAAGCGACCUCCAAACUAAAACGAACUCUAUUGUUGAUGCUUCUUCUAAUGAAGAGCUUAAACAAUCCCUUGUAAAAAUUUCUUCUUCUAUAGAAACUUCUUGGAAUACUUUUAAUAAUUUGGUAAAUUUAGGUAAACUUAGAUUACAAGAGUUAAAUUGGGUGGUUGAAUUAAGAUCAAAAGUGGGUGAUGUGGAUGUUGAAGUUAAAAAAGUUGAAGCUAUGUUGGAUGGUGUUGAGGAAUCAAGAAAGAAGACCCACGAUGAUGGUAGUGUUACCCCUAGUCCUAACAAUACUGGUAUUAUAAGUACUGAUUCUUUCAGUGAUAUCACUGUCACUGGUAUUGUUUUCUCCUCUUCUGUUUUGGAUGAAUGGUACACCAAGGUUGUCGCCGUGGAAGAGUUGGUUUUCGGUCUUGCUGCUAAAGUUAAAGAGAUUAAUCAACUUCUCUUUCAUGAUCGUUUCAGAGCCCCUGAUGAUUUAACUGUUCAUAUUCAAAAUGUUAUCACUUCUAAUAUUUCUGACCUUAAAAAUAAGAUUUAUUCUACAAAACAAAAACUUGGUCAUGAUCGUCGUAUAGGAAGGUGGUUUGAUGAUGCUAAUGAAAUUGAUAAAUCUAUUUCUGAUACUAAAAAUAAGGUUACAGAAUUGGAAGUUCCUGAUUUCGUUCAUAAACAUGAAUGGUCUGAAGAUGAUUUCAAUCUUGAAUCUUUUGUAAAUGAUCGAAGGGAAAUCUUCGAAUCUAUCUUGAAUGAUUCUAAUCAAUGUAAAUCCAAAAUCGAUGACCUUGAUAAGAAAGCUACCGAUAUAACCACUGCCAUUAAAGACUCUAUGGAUCGCGAAGAUCAAGCUGCGGUCGAAUUAAUGACUAAACAACUUAAAAAUCUCAAUGGAAGACUCGUAAAAUUAUCCGAUUUUAUUACUCUCCUUUUAGAACAAUCGACUACUGAUCGUUUUUCUGUCGUUAUAAAUCUUUUAACUUCCAUGCAAAGCAUGCGUAAUCAAAUGGCUCAAAUAAGAAAGACUAUUAUUGAACAUAACGAUGCUGGUUUGGUUCAUGGUGACGUCAAGGAUCUGGAAUCUCAAAUAACCGAUUUCGAAUCUAAUUUAUUAACUGAUGAUUCUGCUCUUUCAAAAGCUUUAAAACAUAAGCAUGCUAAACUUCUUCUUACUAUUCAAAAUAUUCGUAUUGCUUUGGCUGAAAAUAGGCUUCAAAUGGCUGCUUAUUUAAGUCCUUCAAGUCCUACCUCUCCUACUUCUGCUAGUUCCGAAUUUGAUCGUUUAAGUGUUAAAAUACAAGAUCAAUUGGAAGCUUUUCAUGCUCAACUUGUAUCUCCUCCUACUUAUAUGAUUGAUACUUCAAAUUCUGAAAAUGAUGAAACUCAACGUGAACCUCAACGUGUUCAUGGUUUAACUUGUACUGAUGAUCAUGUUGAUGAACUUACUGAACGUUAUGGUAAAAUUGAAUCUGAUUUAACUUCUUUUGAAAGAAGUUUAUGGGUUGAAUUUUGGUUAAAAA